CACAUCCGCAUGUCUACGCUUUAACAAAAGACAAAAUACCUUAGAAAAAAAAUAUGCGUCAUUAAACAAAUUCUUUUUCUAUAGAAAACGAAAGUAAGAGUCGGGGGGAAAGCUAAAUGACGUAGAAUCCCGGAAGUUUACGGACUAGUAUCUACUUGUUUCCCAAACGUAGCAGACGACGGUCGCCUCACGCAGGAUCUCUAUGGCUUUUAGUUUAACUUUAUUGCUUUUUUUCUGCCUCGCAAACGUUUCGGUUCUGCGGGCCUCGCCGGAACCAGAGGUCCGACGGAUCCGCGUCAGAAGGCAGGGAUGUCAAGACGGCGUCUACGAGCAUGAAGGCAGAUUCUGCUGCCUGUGUGCGGCUGGUCAGAAGGUGCUGGAGCACUGCCCCUCAAACGCGACCCGUGGACAAUGUGACUAUUGUGAACCAGGGGUCACCUAUAACUCUGAGCCCAAUUCCAAGGAGUCCUGUGAGCUCUGCACAUCCUGCGAUCAUACAAACGCUAAUUUAGAAGUAGAUGCACCCUGCACCACUUCCCGAGACACAACGUGUAAGUGCAAGGAGGGUCACUUCUGCCCCAGUGGCACACGGACCUGUAAAAUCUGCCAGCCCUGUAAGACAUGCGAUCUCUACGGCGUUAAAGAGCCCUGUUCAGCCACUAGCGAUGCAGUUUGCAACGAGAAACCUGAAGGUUUAAAAGGCGGUCAAAUUGCCGGCAUCCUGAUUGGAGUUUUGCUCCUCGCUGGUUUGGCCGCGUCAAUAGUGUUCAGAAAGCGAAUAAAGAAGGUACUACCAUGUUGGAGCGACUCGGCAAGCAUCCCUGCGCCUGUGCGUGAGCCGCUUCUUCCAGUGGACAUGGAGCCUCACCUAGCUGACGUGGCGGAUAUAGUCGGAUGGAACGAUAUGGUGGCGAUAGCGACGGCUAGUGAGAUGUCAAGGGCCAUUGAAAAUGUGAAGCUCAGCAACCCGCAUAAUGCUGAAUUGUGGACCAUGGAGCUACUGAGUCAAUGGGUGGAGAAGAAGGGCAGGAAUGCCUCAGUGGAGCUGGUCGAAGCCCUUGAAAGGAGAUCAAAAUUAGCAAAAGCACAGAAGGUCAUAGAGAAAUUGUACAACACUUUCUAAGAGGAGCUCGGCCCAAGCGGGUCUAGAUAUUUUUAAUUGUUUGAGGUGUUGAUGAAAUGUGUGCAUGGAUUGUUUUUGGAAGCUCUCUUUUGAACGUUUACACGAUGGAAAUCAACAAAUGUGAUGAGUUCCGAACGUGCUUUCUUUUAUCUUUAUAUGAACUUGGGGAAAAAAAAUGAAUACAUACACCAUGGUCUUUUUUUUUCUUCUUCUUCUUUGGUUCCUCUACUUUCCGUUACAUGUGUAAAAGAUGAGAAAUAUGUUUUACUCUGAAUGCGCUGGGGGAUUAUGAAAAAAAUGUCAGUUAAAAAAUGUACAAUUAUUUACAAGGCAGAAAAUUGUCAUUCAGUCAAUGUUCUUACAUUUCCAUUUCUCGAUUUAAUAGGUUUCUAGAUUAUUUUAGAGGUUACAAAUAACUUAAAUAAGGGGAAAAACAACAAAGUAAAGACAACAUAAUGCAUCACUGGCAAAUAUAAAUAUGUUAGAUGUAAUGUAAUCUUAUUUUGACAAAACAAAACAAGAAAACUUGCUCAUAAUUUGAUAGUUGGAGGGCCCAUUAUUGGCCCCACCAACCCUCAGCCCCUGCUAUAGUUACCCCCCACCCACCCACCCAUCUUGGCCGUGUUUGUUUGACCAGUCAAGAUGCAGAACUGAAUGAAAAAGGAAUGAUAUUAGAAAGUGGUAAAAUAUGUGGCAAAAUCAGAUUUUGUUAUUUUUCAUCCACAUAUUGUAUUUUUAUACACAUUUCUCAUGUCUGGAUGCACGUUUUCCAGCUGACAUUUGAUAAACUUUGAAUGGUAAACAUAUUUUUGAUAAAGUCUAUUAUGCCUGAAGGUGCUGUAAAAAAAAAAAAAAA